CUUCUCACCUUAGUACCUUGUUUGUAAACUUUCAUCAAGCUCGGUUCUGUUUCGUAGCAAGCUUCCUCUUUUUCAUCGCACUACUCAAUUUUUCGCAUCUCUAAAUUUCUACCCUUCACGAUGCCUACUACGACUGCCGAGACCCUUUCAUUCGUGAAUAAAAAUGUCACAGUCGCCCCAUUAGUCCUCCUUUCCGUCGUAGACCACUACAACCGAGUAGCGAAGGGAACCAGGAAGCGUGUGGUUGGUGUGUUGCUGGGCCAGAACGAUGGGAAGAAUGUGCGAGUAUCGAACAGCUUCGCAGUUCCAUUCGAAGAAGAUAACGAUGACCCGUCUGUCUGGUUCUUGGACCAUAACUAUGUUGAGAACAUGAACGACAUGUUCAAGAAAGUCAACGCGCGAGAGAAGUUAAUAGGCUGGUACCACUCCGGACCCAAGCUGCGCGCAUCCGAUCUCGAGAUCAACGAGCUAUUCAAGCGAUACACCCCGAACCCUCUCCUAGUCAUCAUUGACGUCCAACCGAAGGAGUCUGGUGUCCCAACAGAUGCAUAUUUUGCAGUAGAGGAGAUCAAGGAUGAUGGCACAACCACAUCCAAGACCUUCGUACACACUCCAUCCACCAUCGAAGCCGAAGAAGCAGAGGAAAUUGGUGUUGAACACCUCCUUCGAGAUAUUCGAGACGUAGCCAUCGGUACUCUAUCCACCCGCAUUACAAACCAACUGCAAUCACUACAAGGAUUACACCUCCGAUUACGCGAAAUCCAGACUUAUCUUCAGAAAGUCCAGGAUGGUAAACUUCCAGUGAAUCAUGCAGUCCUAGGCAACCUCCAAGACAUCUUCAACCUUCUACCUAACCUCUCAACUCCUAAACCUGGCGUUGAAGCCAAGGGCAGCAAUGUAGGAGAGUUAUCAUACGCGAUGAGCGUCAAGACGAACGACCAACUCCUCGCCAUCUAUCUCAGCAGCUUAAUCCGCGCCAUCACAGCCUUCCACGACCUCAUCGAGAACAAGAUCCAGAACCGGCAACAACAGGAAGAGAAGGAGGCAAAGGAGGAGGCUGCCGCGACGACAGGUAAAGAUGACAAGGACAAGAAGGAAGGUAGCGUCAACGGUGUCAAUGGCGAGCCGGCAGAGAAGAGUAGCGACAAGGAAAAGAAGAAAUAGUGAGGUUAUUUAUGAAAACGUGGGAUAACAAAUUACUUCGACCCUUGUACAUUAUCCAGACUAAGGUGGAAAGGUCGAUUCCGAGGUUGGAGGCGCCUCGUGCAUGCAUGCUAAUCUAUAGACGGUUGAUCAGACUCCUGAUCCCCCGAUGAUCCAUGAUCCUAUCUUGCUAAGACUUCUAUUUGAAAUCGAUAGGGUAUAUUCCUUUUGUCUGUUGUAUCAUUAUACAUAAAAGCGCAUUUUU